AUGAAAGACGAGAUGGAUUCCUUGUAUGAGAACAAGACAUUUGAGCUGGUGAAGUUGCCGAAAGGCAAGAGAGCUUUGAAGAACAAUUGGGUGUUCAAGAUCAAGCAUGAUGAACACAACCGUCAGCCACGCUUCAAAGCAAGACUAGUCGUGAAAGGUUUCAGUCAAAGGAAAGGCAUUAACUUUGACGAGAUAUUUUCACCGGUGGUUAAGAUGACAUCCAUCCGUACUGUGCUGGGACUAGCAGCAAGUCUUAAUAUGGAGGUUGAGCAAAUGGAUGUGAAGACUACCUUCCUUACUAGUGAUUUGGAGGAAGAGAUUUACAUGCAGCAACCAGAAGGCUUCAAGAAGGAGAAAAAGGAGGACUAUGUGUGCAGGCUCCGUAAUAGCUUGUAUGGCUUGAAGCAGGCGCCAAGGCAGUGGUACAGGAAGUUUGAGACUGUUAUGGGGGAGGAAGGUUACAAGAAGACUACUUCAGACCAUUUGUGA